AUGAGUUUGAACCAAGAUGCACUGCAGGACUCUCAAAUAGACGACGCAUAUGUUGUAGUCGGCUCUCCCUCUUCUGAAAAGUCAGAUCUCGGCGAUUUUGAGCAGGUAGAUCCCUCCGACGACGAUGACGAGCUUGAAAGUCUCGGAGAUGAGCCCUACUACGAAAUGGCCGUGCGCGAGAUCGCUCGAGGGGAUAGCUACCAAUGCAUGAUCUGCACUGUUGAGAUGGACUACACUUGCCACAUGUACAACUGUCCCAAAUGCUACCGUGUUUUCGAUUACGAGUGCAUACGUGAGUGGGCCCUCAAAUCAAGCAAGAAAAGUGCCAGUAAUACCUGGAAAUGCCCAAACUGCUACUUCGAAAAGCGCGAGAUUCCUUUGAACAACAGACACUCGUGCUGGUGCGGUAAAAGCGUAAAUCCUGAGCCAAAUCCUUUAAAUCCGAACAGUUGCGGCCAAACUUGUGAUGCUCCAGUCUGUGUGCACGGGUGCGCCAAGACCUGCCAUCUAGGGCCCCAUCCGACCUGCAUGCGAACAGUAAAAAUCAAGUGCUUGUGUGGAAAGCAAAGUAAGGACGUUUUCUGUUCAGAGGCUCCCAAAAACCAAGAAUCCUUUCGCUGCAAAAAGCGUUGUGGAUUACUACUGCCGUGCGGACUGCACACUUGCCAAAGGGAAUGUCACUCAGGACUCUGUGGAGACUGUCCUGAAACCAUAAACUGUGAGGUAAAGUGUUACUGUGGUUUGGAGUCUAAAGCAUCAGUCGCAUGCAAAGACGUCAUGAUUCAGGCAAAAUCUCACGAUCACUCCGGUAAAGAAUGGAUUGGCGUUUUCCCUUGCAAAAAAGUGCGUACCGUCGAAUAUGCCUGUGGGGCUCAUUCUUUUACAGAACCCUGCCAAUCCCCUCCGUCGCUAGGUAGUCGAAUUCCUUGUCCAUUCUCCCCGACAAGUCUCAAGACAUGUCCUUGCGGCAGAAAUCCGCUGAAGGACUUAAAUUCUAAACGCACAAGCUGUACAGACCCUAUACCAACUUGUGAGUCUAUUUGCGGUAAGCUUCUGAAAUGUGGAAAACACAGAUGUCCAUUCCAAUGUCACACAGGCGAGUGUAUGCAAGAUUGUACGUGCGUCGAUAAAAUUCCGUGCUCUUGCAACGCCAAGACUUUCCUAGUUCCCUGCAAAUUCGAAAAUAAGCCGCAAUGCAAUACAAAGUGUGAAUCGUUGAUGUCUUGUCGACGUCACCGCUGCAUGGAGAGGUGCUGCGAAGGACGGGAGCUAGCUCGAAAACGAGAGAAGAGCACAUUUUUGACACGCGAUAAACUAGACGAAUCCCGUGUUGAAGCCCAGCACAUUUGCUUGAAGCAAUGCAAUCUCAAACUGGCAUGUGGUCGCCAUUAUUGCCAGCGAAAAUGUCAUCCUGGAAGCUGUCCACCGUGCCUGGAAAGUGACUCUAAUGACUUGCUAUGCCCCUGUGGUAAAACAGUAGUUCCUGCUCCUGUUCGCUGCGGGACCACGCUGCCACGUUGCUUUCACCCUUGUAUUAAAACCCUGCAAGGACCAUUGGAAUGUGGGCAUCCGCCGAUGCCACAUUAUUGUCAUCCACUUAACGAGCCCUGCCCUUCAUGUACAGCUCCGGUUUUCAAGAGAUGCAAGUGUGGAAAGAAUGAGAAAGUAAGAACGCUGUGCUUUCAAGAUGAUGUUUCCUGUGGACAGAUCUGUGGACAAAAACUGCCUAAUUGCCAUCACAUUUGUCAGAAAACAUGCCACGAAGAGGGACAGCAUCAAACUGAGUGUAAGCAGGUCUGUGGCGCUCCGAAAGGGUUUUGCGAGCACAGUUGCAGAUAUAGAUGCCAUCCAGGCCGGUCAUGUCCAGACAAGCCGUGUACGGAAAACGUCAAAGUGAAGUGCAUUUGUGGACAUAGGACCGCAAACAGAGUGUGCGGCGCUCAUUCUGAGCAAGCUUCAGCUUCCGAGCAUGUUUUAGACUGCAACGAAGAAUGCGAAAUAGCUCAAAGACGUAUGGAUUUAAUGGAGGCAUUCGGCAUCCAGGAGAAAGGAGUAGAAGCAUCUGAGCGAUUGGAAAGUUUAAGACAUCUGGCCGAAACUGUGCUCACAUUCCAAGAAUUGCAUUUGCCCUUCACAGAAGCGUCAUUAUCUAUAUUUGCGCGACAGAGCAAUUGGUGCAGCCAGAUUGAAACAACUUUGAUCAAAUUAAUGCAAGAUAAACAAAGGCCAAGUCUACAUUUCAAGCCCAUGAAGCCCGCACAGCGACAUUUCAUACACGAGCUUGCACAGGCCUUUAAUUUGUACUGCGAAUCGCAAGAUCAAGAGCCCAAACGGUCAUGCUUUGUGAAAAAGACCGCUACAUCCGCUGGGCCCACACUAUCCUUAGCGGAGGCUCUUCCUCUAUAUCAAUCCUUUAGAGCAGCGCAAAAGAAUCGCAAAUUGAAAGAGAUUGAAAGAUCGAUAACGACAAAAAUUAUCAACUUCACAGCUGGUCAAGAAGAAAAUCCUGCGCCCUUAGCUAAACUAAAUGGUCUGCUAGUGCGCGGUGUGUUUUCUGGAGUUGAUGAAGGCACGAUUGCGACUAGAAUGCAUCAAUUUUUGAAGCACACACUAUUGAAAGAUUCGCGGUACACCAAACUAGAGUCGGGGGACAUUCUUAUCUGCGCAGAGAAUUAUGCUAAAGCGAGUCCUAACGUUGAAUUCGAUAUUCAGCGUGUAAUUGGACAUUUAAAUGUUUUCGUUCAAGAGGAAGUACUUGCCGAAAACGUUGUAUCUUGUGAAGUGUCUCAAGUUUUGGAAUUUCAAAGGGUUUCAUCAGGGCCCUCUGAAAAGAAAUGA